AUGAAGUACGCUUUUUCAUCAACUCUGUUGCUUGCAACACCUCUCCUUGCCGCUCCAUCACCUGUUGUUGUUGAUCUCGCGGAGCGUCAAGCGAAUACAACAUGUGCGGGACUUCCAGCUACAUACUCUGCUGUCAGUAGUGCCAAACUACCUGAUCCAUUUACCAGUGCUUCUGGUGAAAAGAUCACAACCAAGGCUCAAUGGCCAUGUCGAAGACUCGAAAUCCUGCAGAUGUUUUACAAGUACGAACUCGGUGAUAAGCCAGAUAAGCCAACCGUGACUGGAACAGUAUCUUCCACUUCUAUCUCCGUCACAGCCUCGACGGGUGGAAAGUCCAUUUCCUUUUCAGCUUCUGUCAGAAUGCCCAGCGGAGCUACUGGCCCAGUACCAGCCAUCAUUGCUUAUGGAGGUGCUAGUCUUGGAAUCCCAUCCAAUGUUGCAACCAUUACAUUUAACAACGACGAUAUGGCUCAACAAACAAACACCGGUAGUCGUGGGAAGGGCAAGUUCUAUGAUCUUUACGGCAGCUCACACAGUGCCGGAGCCAUGACAGCAUGGGCAUGGGGCGUGAGUCGAAUUAUUGACGUUAUUGAGGCGGACACAUCAAAGAAGAUUGAUGCCAAAAGAAUUGGUGUAACGGGGUGCUCUCGCAACGGCAAGGGAGCCUUUGUCGCCGGUGCUCUUGAUGAGCGUAUUGCCCUCACACUUCCUCAGGAAUCCGGAUCUGGAGGAGCUGCUUGCUGGAGAAUCUCCGACUCGGAACACUCAGCUGGGAAGAAUAUUCAAACUGCUUCUGAAAUCGUGGGCGAGAAUGCUUGGUUCUCUAGCAGAUUUGACACUUGGGCUAAGAGCAACGUCAACGGUCUCGGUGUCGACCAUCACAUGUUGGCAGGAUUAGUCGCACCCCGUGGUCUCUUGGUGAUCGAAAACAACAUCGACUGGCUCGGUCCUGUCUCAACCACGGGUUGCAUGCGCACAGGUGCUCUGAUUUACCAGGCAUUGGGAGCUGCUGAUUCUUUUGGUUUUUCUGAGACACCCGGUCACAACCAUUGUCAAUUUCCAUCUUCCCAACAAGCCGAGUUGACUGCUUUCAUCAACAAGUUCCUCCUUGGGCGGUCUGUUAGCACAGCUGGCGUCGACAAGAGUGACCAGACCAGCGUCAAAGCGUCCAGCUACAUCACUUGGACAACACCAACCUUGACUUGA